AAUUCACCAUCAGAAAUCAGUAAAUAUUAUUUGGAACAGGAGCCAAGAAAUUGCAGAGUCCAAACUCUCAGUGAACUAUUAGUUAAGACAAAUGUUAAGAUGGCUAUUAUUGAUGAAAUUGGUGGUUCAAGAAGCCAAAGCAUCAACAAAAUGAUUGAUGUUCCCGAACACGUUAUGUCUAUCGAUGAAGUUGAAUGA